GUCACAUGCUGUGUGAGGGCAGCAGGAGCCGCCCAGAGUGUGACAGAGCCCCCGAGCUCCAGGUGGAGCUUCCUCCCUUAUCUCCUCAGCCCGUGUGACCAGCAUCAACAUGGAGUUCAACGUGAAGAAGUUCGCGGCCGAUGCCGGCACCUUCCUGAGCCGCGCCGUGCAGUUUACAGAAGAGAAGCUUGGUCAGGCAGAAAAGACCGAGUUGGACGCCCACCUGGAGAACCUUCUUGCUAAAGCUGAAAGCACCAAAGUAUGGACUGAGAAAAUAAUGAAGCAAACGGAAGUUUUAUUACAGCCAAAUCCAAACACCAGGAUAGAAGAGUUUGUCUAUGAAAAACUUGAGAGAAAAGCACCAAGCCGCCUGAAUAAUCAGGAGCAGCUGUCCCAGUACAUGAUUGAUGCAGGGAAUGAAUUUGGGCCAGGAACAGCAUACGGAAAUGCUCUUAUUAAAUGUGGGGAAACGGAGAGACGAAUAGGAGGAGCUCACCGGGAGCUUGUACAGACUGGAGCCAUUAACUUUCUCACUCCCUUGAGGAAUUUUAUAGAAGGAGAUUAUAAAACAAUAUUGAGAGAACGGAAGCUGUUGCAGAAUAAGAGGUUGGAUUUGGACGCUGCAAAGACCCGAUUGAAAAAGGCAAAAGUUGCAGAAGCCAGAGCUUCGGCUGAACAGGAAAUGAGAAUAACUCAAAGUGAAUUUGACCGGCAAGCUGAGAUUACACGUCUGCUGCUAGAAGGCAUAAGCAGUACACAUGCACAUCAUUUGCGUUGUCUGAAUGACUUUGUGGAAGCCCAGAUGACCUAUUUCGCCCAAUGCUAUCAGUAUAUGCUGGAUCUUCAGAAACAGCUUGGCAGCUUUCCAUCAACUUUUGCAUCGAACAAUAAUCAGUCGUCCCUAACUACUAUGCAAAGUGCUUCUCUCCCGUCAGUCUCUGCCUCCGCUCCAUUACCUGCUGCAAGCAAUUCUGUGGUUACAUCAGGCUUCAGCGAGCUGAAAGCUGCGAGUGGCAGUAGAAGGGCCAGAGUUCUGUAUGAUUACGACGCGGCAAACAGCAGUGAACUAUCACUGCUUGCAGAUGAGGUCAUAACCGUGUACCACAUUCCAGGAAUGGACUGUGACUGGUUGAUGGGAGAGCGAGGCAACCAGAAAGGCAAAGUGCCAAUUACCUACCUAGAGCUCCUUAACUAAUUCACUUUUUUUUUUGUUUUGUCUUCUCCUUAAGUGCCGAAUUUCAUCAAAUAAAAAAAAAUAUUUAUAUGCAAUUAACUUGAUAUCUGGUAGGUGUAAAGCUGGCCAUGUACAUUAGAUUAAUGUCAGCUGAUUUUUGGCAGGACCAGUCCACCGGGUUGUCCUGAUUGUUCCCAGAUGGCAAAUACCAGGAGAAAGAAGGGUUGGCAUGUCGAAUUUACACAUGCCCAAUCCUUUUAUUAGGGAAAUAGGUUGUUGCCAGAGGUGUCUGACAGCAGCUUACUCCCCAUUGAGAACACACGCAUGCUCAGCCGGUUAUACAUGUGUGCAGAGAAGCCUGGAGGAAUAGCUGUCCAGCUAAAGUGUGUGGCCAGCAUCAGGGUCUUCCAUGUAUAAAUGUCUUCUAUGAAAUUCAGCAAUGUCAAGCUGGCCUUCCUCAAACUGCCACCUCUUGCAUUAUAGGAACACUCCACAUUACAUGUUAUUAUGGACUGUGAUGUGUUGCCAGAACUGCCCAGUAUGAAGAAGCUUUUGCCAUGAAUCUGAAAAUAUUUAUUUAGUGGGUUAAACUUUUAUUUUAUCCCUUUCGCUUCGGUAAAAUAUUAUUGCGUGCCAAAUGCUUUGUUAUUCCCCAAAAUUUUGCUUACAUAUUUUUUUUUUUUUUUUUUAAGUCUCAUUCAAGGAAUAUUUGCCAUGCACUUUCAAAACUUCCCAGAGAAAUGUCAGUGGGGUGGGUGAUCUCUUCAUCAGACCAGAGACAUCUGCUGUCCUAACUGGCGUUGAGCACAAUCCCUUACACCCCUCUAGGUCAUGUUCACAGGAAGCUCCUAGGAAGUAGAGGAUGAAGCAGCACUUGCUUUGUAACAUAGCAGGGUGCACAUCUCCUAGAGAUCUGUCCGAGGUUCCCUUGAAGAGGGCAAUAAGAGCAAUAAGUCAUUCUCUAGUCCAGGUUCAGGAGAUGCCAUUUUGCUAUUUUUUUUCAUGAUCUGCCUCUCCGUUGUGCCGCUAUGUCACCCAUUCGGUUUUGGCGCCUAAUAUGCUAAUUACUAGCAUCAGUACAACGAGGAGGAGACCUCUUCUCAGUGGGCCUCCCCAUCUCACUAGCUAUGACGCUGUCCAAUCAUUGCAGACCACUUCACAGACAGAAAAAAGACGAGCUGCUCUCGAGAGAUUUGGUAAAUAUCGCGAGAACAGACUAUGUAAGCAAGUACUAUGCUCUUACAUUGCCUGUUCUCGCAACAUUACCAAAUCUCAUGAGAACAUCUAGUCUUCUCCCUGGUUAUGACGUGAUCCAAUUCCACUUCACAGCCAGGGAGAAGACUAGAAGGACAUGACAAUUGAGAAGAACUAAGGUCUUCUCCUUCCUGUACUGCUGCUUGUAAUUAGCAUAUUAGGCGCCAAAACCAAAAAGAGGCAUAGUAGCACAACAGAGGAGCGGAUCAUGAAAUAAAAUAGCAGGAUGGCAUCUCCUGGACUACUGUAUCAGGUAUUGCUUUUACAAAAAAAAACUGACAGGUCCUCUUUAAAGGGGUUAUCCGAUAUCUAAAAUAUCCCCACCCACAAAGCACAGGCCCUUUGUAUGGAUUAUACUUACCUGCUCCCCGGCACCCGCAUUGCUCCAGGUUCCUGAGGCGGGGUGCAGUUAGCAGCAUGCCCCCCCCCUGUCGCUGGAUGUUUUGAUCCGAGCGAUGAGGACAUGCAGCAGCGGCCGUGCAGGGAUCUGGAGCGACGCGGGUCCACAGGAGCAGGUAAGUAUAAUCCAUAUAAGGGGCCUGGGCAUUGGGGGUGGGGGGAUAUUUUAGAUAUCGGAUAACCCCUUUAACAGUCAAUGAAUGCAUAAGUUCUGUCCACUGGAUUGAUCGAUUUGACUAAGGGUAGGUUCACUCUUGUGUUAAACGGAUCCGGCAGAAAUACAUGCAAGCAGCCGGAUCCCAUUAUAGUGAAUGGGGUCCAGCAGUGAAUUGCAGUAUCCAGCUAGGUAGGAUCUGGUGAACUCCAGCAGGCUGUUCUCUGCCGGAACAGCCUGCCGAAUCCAUUUAACGCAAGUGUGAACCUACCCUGAGAGCUCUCUUAUAUGGGCUUAGGGUUGAAACAAUUACCAGGGACGAACAUUCAUAAAAGGGGGCAAUCCAGAUAAUUGCCCAAUGGAAAGGUGCAAAUGCUUGUUCAUUCGGUGAACACAGCUUUCAUUAUUGUGUCGGCGGCACACCGUCCUGUGUGUACUGAUGUGCUGCCGACAAACCAUCAAUCUGUAUGGGGAUGAACUAUGGCUGUUUGUGAAUGCAGCUGAACAAUCAGGAACAAAUGAUUUGUUCUCACAUUGCCCCCGUGCGUGAUCUAUGUUACAUAAAGUGCCCCCCCCCCCCCCCCCAAAUUACAGUAUGAAUUUGUCUGAAGAGGCCUGCUGUAGACGGCCCAGAGGAUACUGUGGUCAGCCUUCUUUCUAUGGUCUCAAACAUAUGUUUAUGCCUUUAUUUCAGGUUUGCUGUUCUUCAUUUGUCUUUCUUAAAGGGGGUUAUCCAGUUUCUAAAAUAUCCCCCCAAUGCCCUGGCCCCUUGUAUAGAUUAUACUUACCUGCUCCCUGGGCACCCACAUCGCCCUGGAUCCCUGGACAGACACCGCUGCAUCUCCUCGAUGCUCGGAUCAAAACAUCCGGCGAUUGGGAGAGCAGCCAAUAGCAGGCCGCAAUGGUGACCAGCCUCAAGGGAGCUCGUCCCCAUCACGGCCUGCUAUUGGCUGCUUCCACUAUCCCCCUUCCCCCGUCUGGAUGUUUUGAUCCGAGCGACGGUGAGAUGCAUCGGUGGCCAUGCAGGGAUCCGGGGGUGACACGGGUGCCUUGGAGCGGGUAAGUAUAAUCCAUACAAGGGGCCCGGGCACUGGGGGGGGGGGGGGGAUAUUUUAGAUAUCAGAUAACCCCUUUUAACCUUUGGUUUAAGAUCCUGACAGAUAUUGUAGGAAGCCUACUAAUUAACCCAAUGUUCAUGUACUUUUUACCUAGUGAAUGUAUGUGGGGCAAAAACAAUCCUCUGUACUCCACUUUAUUUUGUAUUGUUUUAUAAAUAUAUUUAAGACGUCUUAGAUUAAAUGUAAAUGUAGAAGUUGAAAAUGCAUUAAAAAUAGAAAAGUAAAAAACAAACUAGCAGAAUUGGAACAAAUAUAAAUUGGACCGUACAAUAAAGAAAACAUAUGUUGAUGUUGUCA